AUGGCCGCCGCACACCGCUGCCUCUCCCUGCUGCUCCUGUCCAUCUCCGUGGCUCUGUUGCUGCGGCCACUGCUGGGUGCCUGAGGAGCCCCGCUGGAGCCAGUGUACCCGAGUGACAUUGCCACCCCGGAGCAGAUGGUCCAGCGUGCAGCUGAACUCCGCAGAUCCAUCAACAUGCUGACCGAACCAAGAGCGCUCAGCCCGAUGGACUUGUAA